AUCCCCUAACUCUCAUCUAUACCAUCAUGAGACUUAGCACUGCUUUCGCUGCCGCCAACUCGUUGGCUGCCCUCAAUGCGUUGGCCAUUCAAAACCCCUUCGACACAAACAUGUUGCAGACACCCCUUAGUUUGAUGAACAACAACCGAUUACUCAAACUCUUUGGUGACAAUGCCGGGACAGACUUUUUCGAGUCCAUGGGUAACUUUUUGAACGAACCCGUUUCGAAAUUGACUCAGAGCACCAAGGACUUGUGGGCUGAGAUGAUGGCUGACUACCCACACGCGGUGACGUCGAUGAUGAACAAGAUUCCUGGAAAAAAGAGCAUUGAGCACAAGUUUGACUUUCUUGUCAAGAGUGACAAGUUCAAAAAUCACAAAUUGAGAGGUAAGGCCACGCCCAAGUCCUUGGGAAUUGACGAUGUUAAGCAGUACACUGGGUACUUGGACAUUGAAGAUGAAGACAAGCACUUUUUCUACUGGUUUUUCGAGAGUAGAAACGACCCCAAGACCGACCCGGUUAUCUUGUGGCUUAACGGAGGUCCUGGGUGUUCUUCCAUGACUGGAUUAUUCUUCGAGUUAGGUCCUUCUUCCAUUGGUGAAGACUUGAAGCCAAUCAGAAACCCUCAUUCCUGGAACAACAAUGCCUCGGUGAUUUUCUUGGAUCAGCCAGUGAACGUGGGAUACUCCUACUCAUCUGAGUCUGUUACGGAUACCACCGCCGCUGCCGUGGACGUGUUGGCGUUUUUGGAGUUGUUCUACGCUAAGUUCCCCGAGUACCAGAAACUUCCUUUCCACAUUGCGGGAGAAUCUUACGCAGGUCACUACAUUCCUACUAUGGCCAAGACCAUCUUGGAGGCUCCAGAAAAGAACUUUGAGUUGACGUCGGUGUUGAUUGGAAACGGUUUGACCGAUCCCUUGGUGCAAUACAACUACUACCAGCCAAUGGCCUGUGGUGGAGGUGGAUACCCAUCGGUGUUGGAGCCUGAAGAAUGUGAUUCAAUGGAGGCAAGUAUUGGAAGAUGUACUUCGUUGAUUGCCGCCUGCUACGAAUCAUCGUCUGCCUGGGCCUGUGUACCUGCUACCAUCUACUGUAACAAUGCUCAGAUGGGACCAUACCAGAAGACCGGAAGAAACGUCUACGACAUCAGAACCAUGUGCGAAGGUCAACUCUGCUACUCCCAAAUGGACUACAUUGACCAAUACUUGAACUUGCCUGAGGUCAAGGCAGCUGUUGGGGCUGAGGUGGAAGAGUUUGAGAGUUGCAACUUUGACAUCAACAGAAACUUUUUGUUUACUGGCGACUGGAUGAAGCCUCAAUUCAAAGAAGAUGUUAUCGAAGUGUUGGACUCGGGUUUGCCUGUAUUGAUCUACGCGGGAGACAAAGACUUUAUCUGUAACUGGUUGGGAAACCAGGGUUGGACUGACGCUUUGGAAUGGAAGGGAGCCGACGGCUUCUCGGUGGCUCCAGUCCAAAAAUGGAACAACGGUAAGGUUCAUGCUGGAGAUGUCAAGAAUUUUGACAAGUUUACCUUCUUGAGAGUGUUUGGAGGAGGUCACAUGGUUCCUUUUGACCAGCCCGAAAACUCUUUGGACAUGGUCAACCGAUGGAUUGCUGGUGACUAUACCUUUGGUUACUAAUUCACUAGUUUAGUUAUACCCAUAGUCGAUAGGAAUAUAUUGUGAUUU